AGCCAACUUCGAAGGGAAAAAAAAAAAAAAAACUUCAAAAUCACAAACGGCUGGCGGGAGAUAAACCCUAAGCAUAAUCCAGCUUCAGCUAAGCCUUCAUUUCAUUAUUAUAUUUUACUCUUUUGCCUCGAUGUCUACGCUUCUUAGUCCCUCAUUUAUUUUCUGUUCAACUCCUUCUUUUCUCUUCUUUUUCCUGUUUUUCUUGUUAACUUUCCAUCUUCUUCUUCUUCCAUGGUGUCCUACUUGUCUCUCUGCAGGCUCUCCCACUUUAGCUACUCACAAUGUUUUGGGUCAGAUACCAGGGGAAUGAUAAACAAGAAGGCAUUUCACUUAUCAAAGAGUUGCUUUUCACAUGAAUUUUUAAUGAAGUAUUGUAGUUCUGUGAGUCAUGAAUCAAGGAGGGCACUAUUGUCUACCUCUGCUUCACGGCAAACCAGUAGUGAGAAUGUGGCUCCUAUUGCUAUAGCUGAAGAUGAAGAAAUGCAUUUUAGUCGGGUGAAUUGCCUUGUUUGGGUAUUGCAUGAAUCUGCCAGGAGUUUUUCACUUGAUGCUGAGUCACUUGGAUUGGCUGGAAGUGAUGCAGAGCUUGCAAUGGCUUGGAAUGGGAAGGAUGUGAACAAAUGGCAUAAACGUAUUGCUUAUAGAGUAGCAGUUUAUGCUUUGUUAAAAGUGGCAAUUGAAGUGGAGAUCAUGCUCUCGCAUGACCGUCACAACAAUGCAGUUCCUGUUAAUGACAUCUUGGGCCCAAAGAUAAAUGCUAUUCGAGAGUACAUUGAAAGUCAAUUGAGCAUAAGGCACACAGAAUUGGUACAAUGGCUUAGAAUAGUGGAAUUACCUCGUAUUGAAGGGUUUUCCAGUUCAUUAUUAAAGAAGUGGUCUAUGGAAUAUGCAGGAAGUGGUGUUGCAGGUAUCAUUGUGGCGAUAAGCUGCUGCGCUGCAGUAGGCAAACUGGGUCCUGAGCGCAUUUCCUGUCCCACAAUUAUAAUGGAAAUUGAGGAUGUAUCAGUAGAACUAAUGAAUAUUUCAUGUAGUUUGGUAUCAGUAGACAAGCUGCAUCAUUUAGCAACUGAGGCAGGAUUUGAACAUGACUUCCUAGCUCACUUUGGUAAAAGGGUUCUUCUGGACAAAAACACUGAGGAACUUGAAUUUUGGAUUGGAUUGGCUCGGAAGAAGCUUUCAAUUGCAUUUUACAGGGAAGGCUUACUUUGUGGGACAAAAAAUUUACAUGAAAAGGUUCAAGCAGAUAGUUUGGCUACUUUAGGACUUUUUGCUUAUCUGGGAAGGAAGACUAGAUUAUUCUUGUCAAGUAAAGGAAUAAAGGAUGUUGAUGAGAUGGUUAAGGACUUCCUCAGCUAUUUGGAGUGUGGCAUUCUUUUCAUUUACCCUGAGUUUUCUUCCAUAUCAGUGUAUCAACACUUCAUGGAGAUUGUAACUGAUGAAAUUGGGUGGCUUGACUUUUAUGCUGCAUUUCCUUCCAUGUGCAAUCAUGAAAGAAGGUCAAAACAUUAUGCUAUUCAAGCAGAGAAAGAAAUUAUUCUAUCAAACGUUUUUGCUGUUUGCUAUGAUGUGUUUUCUGGGUUUGCUCACUUCUGUCGUUCUACUCAACAAACCUUAGAUGCAGAAUUGCUAGCCUUUUUACUCCGAAGCCAAAGCCUGCUUACUAUUUGUCUAGAUGACUAUUGGGCUGCAUAUGAUAGAUCAAGUAACGGGCUGCUGAAGAUUGCAGAAACAGGUGCCUCAGGCCACAUACCUCUCCUUGAAACUAAAGGCACAGCCAAGCUUUCUUCACCACUGCAGGAAAAACAAAAGCGCAAUGAGUUGGUGACACUCAGAAAUAUGGAGAAUAAACCUCAACAUCCAUCUUAUGUGAGAAAGGCCAGGGGCUCAGCUGGAGCUGCUGCGAUAGACCUUGUGGAGGAAACAGGCAGUGGCAAAACCCAUUCCAUGCAGAAGAGCAUAAUACGGAAGUACAGCAUCAAGUUGAUUUCUACUAGCUCAGAUGUCUGGAUGGGGACUCAGUUGCUCUUUCUAGACAUAUCGAUGUCUCUAGAGUUACUCCUAAAGCAGUUGCGUGGCCACAAGGUUACAGUGAGAGAACGGAAGAAGUUGCAAAGAACCCUAAAUGACAUUGCUUCACUCAUCCCAAUUACAAUUCUAAUGCUACUUCCUGUUUCAGCUGUAGGCCAUGCUGCAAUGCUAGCAGCUAUUAAGAAGUAUAUACCAUCUAUGAUCCCUUCACCAUAUUCUUCUGAGCGACUGGAUGUUGUGAAACAAUUAGAGAGAACUAAGAAGAUGGAAGUUAAGUCAUGGGGAAACCUUGAAGAUCCUUAAACAAUAUCUUAAGUGAUGAUUCAUAGUAACAACCCUAUUGUUUAAGAAAUUUCGGCCAAUAGUCACAUAUUCUUUGCCACAUGCGCAGAAUCAUGAGAAGUUGUUUACUUGGCCUUCAAAAUUUGUAAAUAUUUGGAUGCAUGCAUAUACACCAAGUAUCAUAAUGUAACUCUUUGUAUGCAUAGUUAGUCAAAUUGAUUCUUCUUCUACACUUUGAUUUUAAAUACAUUUAGAGAUGCAUCCUUGAGUUUUGUAUGCAAAAAUUUGGGCUGUUCACAGCUCACUUUGAUGU